CUAAGCAGAAACAAACUUGAUGAGAAAAUAAAUCUUGCGUAAUAAAUUUAUAUAAAAGUUGACGGCAUAUGAUUGAGGUUUUUAAUUUUGAAUAUGAGUUAGAUUUAUCAUAGAAAAUUACUGAAACAACUGCUGAGCGACAUGGAAAUCAUUAUAUUUUAAUUGAUUUAUUAAUGAGAAUUUUUUAUUGUUUUCGCGCCUUUCUUAGAAAAACAUUAGUUCAAUCACUUGUGCUCAAGAAAAAAAGGCCAUUGCGUUUGCUUACACUGAAGUAUAUAGUUGAAAAUACCUGUUUUAAAUAAUGGUCCAUAGAUAUUUGGUAUAAAUUGUUAUCGCUUCUUUUUGGUCGAUACAUACAGUCUUCAAAAAAAAUGUUUACUCGUGCUGAUGAACAAAAAUUUCAUAAACAUGAUGUAAAACAAACUAGUUUACCAAGGAUUCAAGAACAAAAAAAAUUUCUUAACACGUCAUUAGAUAACCUUGUUGAAGCAAGUCACAGUUUAGAUCAACUAUCUCUGUCUUCUAUUUCAUAUAAGAAAGUUUCUUAUGACAUUAGUAAAAUGACCAAAAAUAUCCCUGAUGUCCCAAAAACUUGUUUAAAAAAUAAAAAAAUUUUAGAACAAAGCUCAAAAGUUCUCUCUUUAGACUGGGCAUCAGACUCACAUAGUUUACUUACCAGCUUGAAAAGCGGUGAAUUAUGUAUAUGGGAUACGUACCUUAAAAUUAAUACUUUUAAAAUUGAUACUCAUUGUACCUGGCUUUUUACAGCAUCAUUUUCUCCUUCACAAACUUUAAUUGCUGCCGGUGGGCUUGAUAGUAAGUGCAAUGUGUAUAAACUUCCUCGUGGUAAGAGUAGUAUAACUGAAGUACAACAUGUUGCUCAACACCAGAGUUAUGUUCUUUCCUGUUCUUUUACAACAUCAGAUCAUCAGAUUUUAACUGCUAGUAGUGAUGCAACAUGUGCACUAUGGGAUGUAGAACUAGGAACUAUGAUAAAGGAUUUUAAAGGUCAUACAUCAGAUGUAGCUAGUCUAGAUUAUUAUUCUAAUGGAUAUUGCUUUGUCACAGGAUCAGCUGACACUAAUGUUGGACUAUGGGAUAUGAGAACUGGUAGUUGUGUGCGUUCAUAUAAUACACAUUCAGAUGAAGUGAAUCAAGUUAGAUUUUUUCCUAAUGGGGAAGGAGUGGCAUCUGCAUCAGAUGAUUUAACUUGUCGCUUUUUUGACUUUCGAAUGGAUGCAGAGUUAGCAGUUUUUUUUCGAAAGAGUAUUUUAUUUCCUGCCUGUUCCCUAGAUUUUUCUUUGAGUGGCCGAUUACUGUUUGUUGGCUAUGGCGACCAUUCUAUUCAUAUAUGGGACACAUUAAAAAACAAACAUUGUGGGUCAUUCAAUGCUCAUGGAAAUAAAGUAAAUGCCCUAAGACUUUCUCCUGAUGGAACAACCAUAGCAACAGGUAGUUGGGAUCAAACAGUUUAUCUGUGGAGUUUGUAAUAGAAAAUAAAAAAUAAUUUUAAAAUAAUUUUUAUAGUCUAAAGUUUA